AUGAAGGAAAUAUCUGUCCUGCUUGUACCAAAAUUGAGCUAUGCAGUUUAUGUUCUCCAAAAAUUAGAGAAAGAUAAUGCUGAUAAUCCUGCACUCAAAAUAAACAUAUUGUAUGAUGUUGCAUGCAUGUUGGUGAAACACUUACAGGUUAAAUUUAGUCCCCGUCGUAAAGAAGGAUUUGGCCUAACUGACGGUGAGAUGUUGGAGAGAUUGUGGGCUUACAUUCGCAAAUUUAGCAGAAUGACUAAAGAAAUGCGUCCAAGUCACAGAGUUGAUGUACUCAGUUAUGCUCUUUUACAUUAUGGAAAGAAAACGAAGAUUAAUUUAGGCAAUUUGCUGAUGGCAAGGAUGAAGCGAGCUGUUGACGUGAAAGAAACUGCAAAAUUAGAUUUUGAAAAGUUAUGCAGGUGCUUUCCGUCUCACAGGAUUUCAAUAGAUGAUAUUCAUGAGUGGAUGAAGGACGAAUCGACUUUUUUUGGUCGUGAAAUUGAGACUGAAGAAGAAGAUUGGAAAUGCAAGUACGUUAUAUACCUGGUCUUGUACGCUGAUCUUUACCAUCGAUGGAAUGGUUGCACUGAUCCAAGUGAACUGACUGUUCGAUUUAAUCAGAUGAAAAAAAUUGACGAGCAGUUGAAGAUCAUGGAAAGGGAAAACUCAAUUUCUGCAAGCUGGCAAAAUACUGACUCAGAGUACGAAAAUGCAAAACGCGAGGUUGCGUCUAGGAAAGAAAAACGUGUUUUGUCUCGAAUGAGGAAAAAUGUUGCUGAAAGAUGGUUUCUCCUAAAUCUUAAGUCUAAAUAAUGUGGUAACUAUACGUAUCUCAUAAAUGUUCCAUACAA